AUUGUACUUCGAAACAGAUUCCAUAACAUCAGCUGAACCGAGGGAUAAAGGAGUACAAAUUAGACUUGGUUCGCCGUUUGACGAUCCCAUCAAUUCUUCAUUCCUCCUCACAAACCACCGUAGUCGAGCUCCUCAGAUCAGGAUUCCGAUAUUCCGAACCAAACAGAAUAGGACACAGCAAUAGAUAAUCAAUCAUGCACGCAACUGCUUCUAUCAACGGCACCACCAUCGCCGACACCGACUCAUAUGAAGUUGUAGACGGCAACAUCUACUUCCCGCCCGCAUCUCUGACUAAGACUGCAUUUACCACAACCUCGACGCACACAACCUGCCCCUACAAAGGCAAGGCGUCAUACUACACGAUCGAGGUCGAUGGAAAGACGUUGAAGGACUCUGCUUGGUACUACCCAGAGCCGAAGUCUGGGUAUGAGAAGAUUAAGGGGUUUGUUGCGUUUUAUGGGAGUAAGGUCGAUGUUGUGAGUGAGUGAAUGGGGAUAAGAGGGGCUGUGGGCGGGAGAAGAGAAGGUAGAGAGUAGUGGAGAAACAUGUGGAUAUCUCUGAAAAUGAUUAUUUUGUGCAAGGUGCAGCAUAGCACGCUGCUUGCUU